ACGCUUACGUACUCAAAAUUUUCCCCUUCCGCAGUCCCUCUUCUCCCAGCUUCUACUCCGCCCAGAAGUCGCCUUCCCCUCUCCUCCCCAUGGCAGCGAUGAGCUCAUCGAUCAGCCCUUCAUCGACCUUCUCCUCCACCUCCACUGACAACCUCCGCCCCCAUGCCGCCAAAACCGGCGGCAGCGUCUGCUGCCUUUCUACCCCUUGCCCAACAUCACCGACCACCGGCAUCUCACUAGUAAAUCUCAAGAAGGUCGCAGCUAUCAAGGCCGCCGAGUACGUUAAGAGCGACAUGGUUCUAGGUCUUGGCACCGGAAUCACUGCCGGCUUCUUCGUCGCUGAAAUUGGAGCCCUUCUUUCCGCCGGAAAGCUCCGUGGCAUCGUCGGCGUGCCUACCUCUAAGCGUACAUCCGAGCUUGCAAAAUCUGCAGGUAUCCCAUUGUCUAACCUCGACGAGUACCAGCGGAUCGAUCUCGCCAUUGACGGGGCAGAUGAAGUAGAUCCCAAUCUUAAUCUUGUGAAGGGACGGGGUGGUGCUCUUCUUCGAGAAAAGAUGGUUGAGGCGGCAUCCGAUAAGUUUGUCGUGGUCAUUGAUGACUCGAAGCUUGUGACCAGCUUAGGUGGAACUGGGCAGGCAGUGCCAGUGGAAAUUGUGCAGUUUUGUUGGAAAUACAAUCAGAGCAGGCUACAGGAAUUGUUUAAAGAUGAAGGAUGUGAGGCAAAGCUCAGAUUAGAUCCAGAUGGAAAACCCUUUGUUUCUGAUAAUUCGAACUACAUCGUGGAUUUGUACUUUAAGACACCAAUACAGGAUUUAAAUGCAGCAGGAAAGGAAAUGUCAGCGUUGGAGGGAGUGGUUGAGCAUGGUUUGUUUCUUGACAUGGCUGACGAGGUCAUUAUUUCUGGGAAAGAAGGUCUGAGCAUGAAGACCAAGUGAGUUUUGUGGUGAUUUGAUUUGAGGCUUCUUUGUUUUUUAUUUAAUUGUCAGAAAUUU